GGGAGGCAGCAAGAGCGUCUCACUCUCGAGUCGGGAGCGCGUGGGUCACGUUGACUCGCUCCCGAUGAAUGAGGCUGCGAGCGCGGGGCCCGGAUAAGGCUUCGCGACCCCGGGAAACAGAGACCCCGGGACUGAAGGAUCCCGACACCAAGGGGGUCCGGGAUGUGAGGACGGGGCAAGGGUCCCCCCCUCUCGACCCCCCCACCCAUCUCUACCCCCUCGCUUCCCCUGCACGCGCCGUGGCGACAGCUGCCCUGGCGUGAUGGAAGGGUUCCACCCCGUGGGUGAGCGCGUGUGGGUGAGGGACGGUGAUCUGCUCCUCCCGUGCUCCGUGGUGGCGAGUGAGGGCGGAUCCCUCGUCCUCAUCUCCGACUAUGGCCAGACGUUCACGCUGACCCCCGGCUCCGUGGCGCGAGUCAACGUGCGAGCCAUGCCGGCCUGGGGGCCCGAGGGGGUGGAGGACAUGAGCUCCCUGGCGGAGCUCCACGAGGGGGCCAUCCUGCACAACCUGCACCUCCGCUACCGGCACAAGCUCAUCUACACAUACAUCGGCUCAAUCCUGGCGGCCGUCAACCCCUACGAGACGAUCUCGGGGCUCUACGGCGCUGCCAGCGUGGAGGCCUACAGAAGGCACCGGCUAGGCGAGCUGCCGCCCCACCUGUACGCCAUCGCCGGGGAGUGCUACCGCGGCCUGUGGCGGCAUGGCGACAGCCAGUGUGUCCUCAUCAGCGGCGAGAGCGGAGCCGGCAAGACGGAGAGCACCAAGAUCAUCCUGGACUUCCUGUCGGCCGCGAGCCAGGCCUCUGCCAAGUCCUCCCGCCUCGACUCGAGCACCCACGUGGAGCGAGCCGUGCUGCACAGCAGCCCCAUCAUGGAGGCGUUUGGGAACGCUCGCACGGUGCACAACCACAACUCCAGCCGCUUCGGCCGCUUCGUGCAGCUCAACUUUUGCCAGCAGGGAACGAUCAGGGGCGGCCGCAUUCUCCACUACCUCCUGGAGAAGAAUCGCGUCGUGCGGCAGAACCCGGGAGAGAGGAACUUCCACAUCUUCUACGCCGUGACGCGGGGGGCCUGCCCAGCACUCCGAGAGGAGCUGCACAUCUCGAGCCCCGAGAGCUACCACUACCUGAAGCAGUCGAGCAGCGCCCUGGACGACCCCAGCGCCGACCGGAGCCUCUACACGGACGUCAUGGCCGCGAUGGAGGCGAUGUGCUUCUCGGCAGAGGAGAGGAGGGAGGUGCUGCGCUUGCUCUCGGCCGUGCUGCUCGUGGGGAACAUCGAGUUCGCUACGGCGGGGGGCGCGCAGGUGUCCUCCAGUGGUGCUCUGUGCCGUGCGGCCGAGCUGCUGGGCGUGGACGAGGAGCCGCUGGCCGAGGCGCUGACCCAGCGGUCCAUGACCCUACGCGGAGAGGAGAUCAGCACGCCGCUCACCAUCGCACAGGCGGCGGACUCUCGCGACUCGCUGGCGAUGUCGCUGUACGAGCGCUGCUUCUCGUGGAUCGUGCGGCGCAUCAACGCGCGCGUGCACGGAGCGAGGCCCUUCCACAGCAUCGGCAUCCUCGACAUCUUCGGCUUCGAGAACUUCGAGGUGAACCGCUUUGAGCAGUUCAACAUCAACUACGCCAACGAGAAGCUGCAGGAGUACUUCAACACGCACAUCUUUUCACUGGAGCAGCUCGAGUACAACAGGGAGGGCAUUGCAUGGGAAGACAUCAACUGGACGGACAACAGCGAGUGCCUCGACCUGGUGGAGAAGAAGCUGGGGCUGCUGGCGCUGGUGAACGAGGAGAGCCGCUUCCCCAAGGGCACGGACGCUACGCUGCUCGCCAAGCUCCACGGGGAGCACGCGAGCAACUCCUUCUACGUAAAGCCCAGAGUGGCCGACCACCAGUUUGGGAUCAAGCACUAUGCCGGAGAGGUGCUGUACACCGUGGAGGGCUUCCUGGAGAAGAACCGAGACACGUUUCGUGAGGACAUCCUCAACCUCGUGCUGGACAGCAGGAUGGACUUUGUGUUCGAGUUGUUCGAGUCGGAGUCGAGCUCCGGCCGCGCGGCGCCCGAAGAGUCCCUCAAACUCAACUCGCGGCACCGCAAGCCCACGGUCUGCUUGCAGUUCAAGGACUCUCUGCACGCCCUCAUGUCCUCUCUGAGCUCCUCCAACCCAUACUUUGUGCGCUGCAUCAAGCCCAACGGUGACAAGAUGUCGGCGCGCUUCGAGCCCACUCUGGUGCUGAACCAGCUGCGCUACUCGGGGAUGCUCCACACGGUGCGCAUCCGCCGCUCCGGCUUCCCCGUGCGCCGGCGCUUCCUCGACUUCACCGGCCGGUACGCCGCACUGUGCCGCCCGAUGUCUCUGCCGGACGAUGAGCGCGCUCGGUGCGAGGGACUGCUCGCAACCUUUGACCCCACGCGCACGCUGUGGCAGCUCGGCAAGACUAAGGUGUUCCUGCGCGAGAGCCUGGAGCUGCGGCUGGAGACGGAGCGCGACGCGGCGUUCACACGCGCGGCCAUCGCCAUCCAAGCUCACGCACGCGGCCUACUUGCCCGGCGUCGGUACAGCGCAGUGCGCGCCGGCGCGCUGCUCCUGCAGCGCUGGCUGCGCGGGCGCCUGUGCCGCGUGCGCUUCCUGCGCUGGCGCCGUGCGGCGCUCACCACCCAGCGUCUCCGGCGGGGGGCGCUGGCGAGGAGGCGCUGCGCCGCCCUGCGGCACGAGCGGCGGAUCCGGGCCGAGGAGAAGGAGCGCCAGGACAGGGAGAGGGAGCGGCUGGAGAGAGAGGAGGCGGCCAAGCGGAGGGAGCUGGAGACGCGUUUGCUGCUGGAGGAGGAGGCGGCAGCGGCGGCGGCGGCGCGUGGUUUGCCGGCGGAGGAAGCGGAGCCCGAUGGUGACCCUGGUGGUGACCCCGGUGGGGGCGGCCUGCGGGAGAUCCUGCUCCUGGAGCGACAGAUCGCCCGCCUGCAGCGGGAGCAGCGCGAGCGCGAGGCCGGGCUCAGCCGCGACGGCCGCGAGCAGCUCCAGCUGAUCCGCAGCCAGCACGGGGCAGCGCACGCGCCUGCGAAGCCGGGCGCCCAGGACGAAGGAGGAGAGCUGCAGGAGCCGCCGGAGUGCGCGGGUGGGGAGGAAGAGGAGCUGGAGCGUCUGGAGCUGGAGGCCCUGCAGGCGGCGCGGGAGUUUGUGAUGGAGCUCGGCCUCUACGAGCUCGGGGACGGGCCGCCCCCCGCCAAGCCCCCCCGCUUCCUCGACCCCUUCCCCCCCGCCCCCCACGACGAGGAGGACGAGGGCUUCGUUGCCGGCGACGACGGGUUCAAAGAUUCUCCGAACCCCAGUGAGCGGGGGGGUCAGGGCGAGCCGAGCGCCGGGGGUCAGCGUGCCAGCGGGGGGUCGUCCGAGGCAGACGGGGCUUUGUACCUGCUCCCCCCUGCCGCCGCUUGGCCCGCUCAGCUCGCCGCGCCCGGCCCUCCCGACCCGACGCCUCCAACCUCGGCGGGCCGCUGCUCGGAGAUCUGGGCGGACGAGGUGAGGCCGGCCGGCGGAGAGGCAGAGGAGCUCGACUUCGAGGAGGAGGACGAGGAGGGCGACGAGGGCAGCGGGGGCCGGGCCGCCCGCGUCGGGGGGGGGGCGGCGGGGGGCGGGGCCGGGGGGGCGGUGUCGAUGCGCCGCGGGGGCCGGGCGGCGCACGCGCGCCAGCACUCGGCAUCGGGGGAGUCGCGGCUCUCGCUGGGCACGUACACCAGCUCGGGGACCUACCGCUCGCUCUCCGAGGGGCGCACCUCCUCCCUGGAGGACAGCGAGGAUGAGUUGGAGUCCCUGUUGAGCGAGGAGUUUGGGCGGAGGGAGGCUAUCUACAGCUCCGUGGGCGUUCCCUACUUCCACAGCUUCCUCUCCAUAAAGGGGGGCCUGAUGAACGCGUGGCGCCGCCGCUGGUGCGUGCUCAAGGACGAGACGUUCCUCUGGUUCCGCGCCAAGCAGGAGGCGCUCAAGGCCGGCUGGCUGCUCAAGAAGGGCGGCGGCGCCUCCACGCUGUCGCGCCGCAGCUGGAAGCGCCGCUGGUUCGUGCUGCGCGGCGCCGUGCUCACCUACUACGACGGCGACGCCGAGGAGAAGCCCCGCGGCACCGUCAGCGUGCACGCCGCACGGGAGAUCCUGGAUGGUGGGGGCCGGGAAAAUGGGAUCGACAUCGUGAUGAACGAGCGCAAGUACCACCUGGUCGCUGAGUCUCCCGAGGACGCCAGCGAGUGGUUCAGUAUUUUGAGCCGAGUCCACGCUGCAUCAGACAAGGAGCUGCAGCUGAUGCACAGCGAGCAGGCGAACCCCAAGAAUGCGGUGGGCACGAUGGACGUGGGCGUCAUCGACUCGGUGUGCGCGUCCGACAACCCCGACCGGCCGCACGGGUUUGUGAUCAUCACGGCCGAGCGCGUGCUGCAGUGUAACGCUGACUCAGCCGAGGAGAUGCACCACUGGAUCGCGCUGCUGCAGCGCAGCAAGGGGGAUGCGCGUGUCGACGGACAGGAGUUCAUUGUGCGCGGUUGGCUGCACAAGGAGGGGAAGGCCGGCAGUGCCCGCAGCGGUCACAGCGGCGCCGUCCCCAAGCUCAAGAAGCGCUGGUUCGUGCUCACGCACAACUCGCUGGACUGCUACCGCAACGCGGAGCGAGCCGCCCCCAAGCUGGGCACGCUGGUGCUCAACAGCCUGUGCUCCGUGAGCCAGCACGACGACACCACAGGCUACUGGUGCGUCGUGGUGCACGGCAGGAAGCACUCGUGCCGCCUCUACACGCGGCUGCAGAGCGAGGCGUCGCGCUGGGCCGACUCGGUGCAGUCGGUCAUCGACUCCAAGGUUCCCGUCGAGACGCCAACUCAGCAGCUCAUCCAGGAGAUCAGGGACAACAGUGCGAAUCCGGAGAUAGUGGAGCAGAUUUACCGACGCAACCCGAUCCUGCGCUACUCGCCGCACGCGCUGCACUCGCCACUGCUGCCCCUUCCCUACGGCGACGCAAGCCUCUCCCUGCAGCGAGAGUGCGGCUACGGGAGGCUGCAGGAAGAGGCGGUGCGCCUGUUCCAGCGGGUGCAGGAGCUGGAGACGGCCGCCGACCCCGUGCCGCCGGUGCAGGCCCUGCUGCGCGCGUGCCGCCACCUGCGGCCGCUGCGCGACGAGCUCUACCUGCAGCUGGUGAAGCAGACGAGCGCCCACCCGGCGCCCGGCUCCGCCGCCGCGCUGCGCCUCUGGCAGGCGCUGGCGUGCGCCGUCUGCGCCCUGCCGCCCGGUCGCGCUGUGCUGCGCUACCUCAAGAUCCACCUCAAGCGCACGCGCGAGGAUCACGCCGGCUCGGAGCUGGACCUCUUCUGCGCGUUCAUCCAGGACGCGUUGCGGCGCUCGCGGCCGCGCGAGGCGGUGCCCUCGCGUGCCGAGCUGCGCGCCGUGAUGGCACGCGCCGAGAUGAGCGCCACGGUGCACUGCCACGGCGGCGGGGCCUGCCGCAUCUCCGUGCACCCCUACACCACCGCCGGCGAGGUGGUGGAGAAGCUGCUGCGGGGCCUGGCGAUGGUGGAGAGCCGGAACUGGUUCUCUCUGUUCGAGCGCCGCGACGGCACCGACCGCGCCGUGGAGGCGCGCGCCCUCGUCGCCGACGUGCUCGCCGGCUUCGAGAGGCUGGCGGACGAGCGGGGGCUGCGGGAGGUGGAGGAUCCUGGUGGAGGAGCGGGGGGCAGUGUGGGGGGCCAGGGUGCUCAGCUCUACUUCAAGCUCUACUGCUUCCUGGACACGCACAGCGUGGCGCCCGACAGCGUCGAGUUCGCGUUCAUGUUCGAGCAGGCCCACGAGACGGUCAUCAGCGGCCACUUCCCGGCUCCGGACGAGACGCUGCAGCAGCUGUCUGCGCUGCGCCUGCAGUACGCGUUGGGCGACCUGGUGCUGGCCUCGCUCCCCGCUUCCUCCCCCUCCUCGUCCGCCUCCUCCCCCUCCUCGUCCGCCAUUUCCUCAUCAUCCUCCUCCUCCUCCUUGGCCUCCUCACCGACAGCCUCAGGCCUGCCCCCCUUACCCCCGCUGGAAGACAUCUACCCCUUGGCCCGCCUCAGGGCUCGCGUCACUCAGUCCACCAAAGUCACCUCCCUGCAGCCCCAACCGAUGGCGCCACCGCCGCCGCCGCCGGAGAAGAAGCGUUCCAGCUUCCUGGACGGAACGCUGCGGCGGAGCCGGCGCAGCAGCAACAGCAGCGGCGGCGGCGCGAGCGGCGCCGGGGCCAACUCGAAGCGGCGGCACAGCCAGGGGCAGGCGGCGGGCCCGGCGAGCGAGGCGCCCACGCCGGCGCUGGAGAUGUGGGUGCAGGAGGAGGAGCAGGCGGUGCGCGCCGGCGUCGUCGACAAGUGGCGGCGGCUGCACGGCGUGGGGCAGGAGCGAGCCAUGGCGCUCUACAUGGCGCUCGUGCGCGAGUGGUCGGGGUACGGCGCCACGCUCUUCGACGUCGAGUGCAAGGAGGGCGGCUUCCCGUGCUCCCUGUGGCUGGCGGUGGGCGCCACGGCGGUGUCCGUGUACCGGCGCGGCGAGCCGAGUCCCCUCGACUCGUUCCCCUACGAGAACAUCCUGUCGUUCGGGGCGCCGCUGCACAACACCUACAAGAUCGUGGUGAUGGAGCGCGAGAUGCUCUUCCACACGCCCCAGGUGGUGGAGGUGGCCAAGCUGAUGAAGGCCUACAUCAACGUCAUCGUCCGGGACCGCUACGGCACCCGCCCAGGGGACGCCAGGGCCUCGGGGGUCCCGGCCGGUUCCCUGGGACUCGGGGUGCUCGAAGGCCUCGUGGGGAUGGGAGGCCGCGCGAUCCCCAUGGAGAUCGUGGGCACUGCGGGGAUCGGCGAGAGCCCCGGGGGAGCGUGCGGGGUGACCGUGGCGGCCGAUGGGACCGCGGGGCUCGGGAGGAGCGGGGAAUCUUCCGCGGGGAGCGGCGGGCGAACUAGAGAAAGUGGGGGGCUCGGAGGGAGUGGGGGGCCCAGGAGGAGUGGGGGAUCCGGGGGGAGUGUCCGCUCCACGAAGGAGACCCUGCUCUGACGAGACAUGCCGAACGUCUCUCGCGAAAUCCCCGAGGAUCCGCAGGCCACGGUGACCCCAAACAAUCGCUCCGGAUCGCCAUGAUACCCGGGCCACAGAUGCUAAAGGCCACCUUGUCUUCAGGCCCCACGCAGCUCGUCGCGAACCAGCGUCGCUGACCUCUCCAGCUCCUGCACCUUCAAAGGCCUUUAACUCGGCGAUCCGCGACCGUCGUCGGUCUUCCCCCGCGUUGGAGGGAGCCCGUCCGAUCGCCGCCAAGGCCCGACGUGGCCCCCAGCGGGGAUCGCGACGGAAACCCCGGUGCCCGGGGGGGGGGGGGGGGGCCUGGCGCCUGCAUCGUGUGCCGCUCGCCGCGUGCGUGAGGGACGGCCGUGGUGGGGGCGCAGCCCCUCGGCGUCGCAAGGGAUCUCGUGGUGGGGUGGCCCUGGCGGUGGGCGGGGUGAGGGACCGGGACUUGGCGCAGUCGCCUCUUGCGCUGUCUUCCAGCGUGCCAGAUAAUGCUUCGGGGCUCUGCGAGUGCUUUCGCCUCCGACAUUGACGCCGUGUGUGCGUGCGUGUGUGAAAUGUUUUCAGGUUGGUAAAAAAAACGCGAUUUUUUUGCUGGGGUGGGGCAGUGAACCCAGCGACUUGAGUUCGAUUUCCCGACUGUGGCUCGCGUCUUGGUGGCGAAGCCCAUAAGCCCAGCAGCAGCAGCAACAACAGCAGCAGAACGUUCUCGCCACCCCCCUUCAUCAACACUCAACGUCGAGUCGGACCUCGCCCAACGUGCCGGGGGAGUCGGAGGUUACGUUGGGAAAAACCGCGGUCAGUAAACGAUCGGCCUCAAGGGAGAACUGGGGGGUAGCGUCCCUGGGUUCUGAAGUUAUCGCCCCGUCCCCUCGUUGUUAGCUAAUUCUACACGAUUUCCCCGACUUGAUAUAACGUAGCAAAAAAAAGACACAUGUAAAUAGAAUUUAAUAAAAGAUAUUUAAACAUAGAAUGAAACAAUUGAAAUUUUAAAAUGUUACUUCGAUGGAUGAUGAUGAUGAUGGAGAUUAUCACCUCCUCCCACUAACUUAUAGUUUCCACGCGAUUUUCGCCCGUUUGGUAUCACAGCAAAACCACACACGCACACAUACGUUAGUAACGCACACACGUUAGUAAUGUACACAGUUAGUGAAAGAAAAUUGGGACGUGAAACUAAAUUUUAAAACGUGAAACCGAAAUUUUUUUUUUUUACUCACGACGAUGGCGACGAUGAAGGGGAAGACGGCGACGAUGUUGGUGGUGGAGGCGCUGGAGGGACUUGCAAGCGGACCCCGCACGACUUUUCGAAGCGGCAGGGGUUGGAGUAUUUCGGCGUUGUCAAACCGCCUACACCUGGAACAUCACCCCCCCUCAACCCCACCCCUCAACCCCCCCACACCCCCACCCCUCACCCCCACUCCUCACCCCUCACCCCCCACCGUGUCCAGGAUAAAAAACGUACCUCAAUUAGUGCACCGCGUAUUGCCGAAACACGCGUUCGGUAGAACGGCGUUGGACAAUGUGUGAGAAUCUUUAUUUAUGCUGGAGAAAUCCGAUGAGCUAUGAAGCUCGUUUUCACAGAUGUCCAGUUGGGGCGGGUAUGUGAUCUGUAUAGUCAAACAAUCCCCGUGACUGACGUCACGUGGGAGGCCUUCAUCCAGCAGUGGAUUGACAAAAGGCUGUAAUUAUUAUUAAGUACAAUGCAAUAUCACUAUGCAGUAAUGAGUAAUGUUUAUAAACACAGUACAAUAUUUAAUGCCAAACCCACGGGGCAUGCAAUACCUGUGACCGUUACGUUGACCGCCCGUCAAGGAAACGACGUCUCGAUGACAAUCUUGUACAUUUAUCCCACUCCACAAGAGGACGAAACCAACUCGUGCUACCCGAUCGCGGCACAAGUCACCGCGCAACCAAGAACUGUGACGUUUCACUCCGCGUCGUCGUCGUCCGCACAACCCGGAGGAGCGGAGACCAGAGCCAGUCAAAUGCUCGGGCCCGCAGCGAGACGCGUCCGUUGUGACCGUGCGAAAAGGAAGUGAUGCCAAGGCUGUGAGGAGGCGCCCGCGAGACGAUCCCUCCUCUUUGGUUCUUUCGGUAAAGUCACGUGGGUAUAAAAUAAAAUAGAUCACGACGUUUCGGGCGCAACACAAGCGUCCGUCAUCAGGUGGGAAA